AUGAACUACUGUGCGAUCCAACAAAACGCCUUUCCAACCCGGGAAGAGAUUCGGAGCUCCGUUUCAGUUCCAACAUCGGAUAGGAGAGACCCGGUGUAUUGCCCUAAACCCAGACGCCUCGGCCUGUUAAACGACCACCGUGCCAGGUCUCUCAGAUUUCAGCUCAGUCAGCAAUCAGAGCUUUGUGAUCCAAAGGCAGGGACUGAUUUUUUGGACAUCAUCCUCACCAAGGGUGGUUAUGGUGUCGAUAAUCAAUCUUUUUGCACGCAAGUAGCCUUGUCGCCGCCUCCAUUUUUUUGUGGGUCGCCGCCUAGCAGAGUAGCUAACCCAUUAAUUCAAGAUGCUAAGUUUGGGGAUGAAAAAUUCUCACCCCUCUCACCAGUCACGACUAUUCCACCACCUAUGGAUUUAUCAUCAUCAUCUCCAAGGAAAGGAGGAUUGGUUCGGGUGAAUUUUGGAAACAAACCAGUGGUGAGAAUUGAGGGGUUUGAUUGUCUUGACAGGGAUCGUCGAAAUUGCAGCAUUCCUGCUUUGGCUUAG